AUGAAUGAUGAUGACAAGAAGCAAAAAAUGGUUGAAAAUUAUUUUCAACAAAUGAUGGAUGGUACACAUGAUUUUGGAGAUGCUGAGGAUGAACAUGAAGAAGGUGCUGGUGCCAUUCCAAUAGAAGUUUUAGAGGAAAUAAGAGAUAAAAAAAGUAAAGGAAUGUUUGUUAGUGGAUGGGAGAAUGAUGAUACAGAUAUAAUUCCUAAAAAUAUGACAGAUCCAGUAGAACAAUUUUUGACAGCUGCAGAGGAGGGUGAUUUACAAACAAUAAAAGAAAAACUUCAAAAAGAUGGCUCAUUAAAGUUUGCAAAAGAUCAGGAUGGGUAUACUGCAAUGCAUAGAGCUGCAUAUAAUAAACAUAUUGAUGUUGUUAAAUAUCUUCUUCAGGCUGGUGCUAAUCCAGAGGCACAAACUAAUGAAGGAUGGACAGUUCUUCAUUCAGCUGCAUAUUGGGGUAAUUUUGAUGCUGUUGGUAUUCUUAUUUCUUUUGGUAUGGAUGUAAAUGUUACUUCUAAUGGUAAUCUUACACCAUUACAUUGUGCAUUAAAUAGUGAAGCUGAUGUAGAUGAACAAUAUACAACAAUUAGAUAUCUUCUUGAGGCUCCAGGUGUUGAUGUUGGUAUUGUAUCAAGUGGUGGAGAGUCUGCUCUUCAAAUAGGUCUUAAACAACGUGAAUGCAUACGUAAUUUAUUCCAAAAAUUUCGAAUGUCUUUCAUCUAUAUGAAAGAAUGGAUUUUCAAAAACGGUUAUUUUAUUUUACACUACAUUGGUAUUAUACUAGCAUCAAUAUUUAUUUUAUCAAUAACUUUUGUUAAUCUACGGUUUACAUGUUUUUAUGUUUAUGGUGAUGACUACUGUCAUAGCCAAGAUUAUAUUGCCGCAUUUUUAUUAUUUGAAAUUCUUUUUAAUUUAUUUUUAUUUCAAAGAACACUAAAAAAUAACCAUGUAACAUAUUGGACAUUAAAAUCUUCUUCUUUUUUUACUGAUGAUAUUGCAUCUGCAUAUACUAAUGCUCCACCCGUUCCAUCAUAUGUAACAAAAGCUCAACUUGAUGAUCGACAAAAAGAAAUUUUAGAAAAAAUUGAUAAAAAUGGUGUUUAUAUGGGUGAGGAUGAUCAUUAUUAUUAUGAGGCACAUGGUUUAAAAUCACAAAGUCCAACAAAAUAUUGUAUGGCUUGUAGAUGUGUAGCACCAAGGCGUGCUCAUCAUUGUCCUAUAUGUGAUAUCUGUAUACUUCGUAAAGAUCACCAUUGUUUCUUUACCGGUGGUUGUAUUGGUUUAGCUAAUCAACGUUAUUUUAUGAUAUUUUGUUUAUGGGGAGGUAUUGGUGCUAUGUAUGGAUUAAGAUUUACAAUAGCUUAUAUGAAUAAAUUUGUAGCACCAGCAUUUCCAUAUGGUUUUGUUUAUUGGUUAUCACCUGUAGCUUUAGUUAGAUGGUUAAUUGGUUAUGAAACAUUUUCUAAUGUCUUUCUUGGAACAUUUUUUACAAUAACAUUAUCUGUAGUUUUUGGUGCAUUAGGAUUUUUUGGUGCACAAUGUUUUUAUACUUAUCAUGGUUUUACAAUGUAUGAUUAUCAUGAAGGAAGAUUGAGAGAUCAUAUAGAAUCUGAUGGAGAAACUUUAUUAGAAAGGAUAAAACUUAUAUUUGGAAAACAUUGGUAUCUUAAUAUUAUAUUUCCUUUAUUUUGGGAAAGAAAUGAGAUAACACCUAAGACUGCUAGAAAUAUUUUUCUUAGUGUAGCCAAAGAUUUAUAG